AGUGAGGCUUGAGGAGAGCGACAGAACAGGAGGAGAGUGGACUGAAAGAGCAGUACAUUGUACACCGGGGAAUGACAAGGGAACACAUUAGAGAUAGUGAGUCUGAAUCUUCAGCAGGAUGUCCAUUUCUUACAACUUCUCUUUGGAUCUAAUGGCUGAGAAAGCCAAGUGGCUUUGUCUAUCAGGGGAAAAAUGUGCCAACCUGACACCUGGUGUGAACAGCAGCCACAUAGAUCUGGAUGAUGCAUGUCUGAUGGAGGAACAGUACCUGGAGGAGUAUCUUGGGCCUCGUCGAUCAUCUGUGUUCCUUCCUGUGUGUCUCAUAUAUUUGGUCAUCUUCAUGGUAGGUGUGGUGGGUAAUGUUCUGACAUGCACUGUCAUUGCACGAAACAAAGUGAUGUGGACGCCAACAAACUACUACCUGUUCAGCCUGGCAGUGUCAGACCUUAUGGUGCUGAUGCUUGGCAUGCCAUUAGAGCUGUAUGAGCUGUGGCAGAACUACCCCUUCCUCCUGGAGAAGGGUGGCUGCUACUUUAAAACGUUCCUAUUUGAGACUGUUUGCUUGGCAUCUAUCCUCAAUGUGACGGCGCUGAGUGUGGAACGUUACAUUGCUGUGGUGCACCCACUACGUGCAAAGUAUGUUGUAACACGCACCCAUGCCAAGCGUGUUAUCCUUACAGUGUGGGGUGUGUCAGUGUUGUGUGCUUUGCCUAACACGAGUCUGCACGGGAUUGACGUCCUUCACAGUCACUGCACUGGCCCUGCUGGGAACAUAACUGUGGGGGUCCCUGACUCGGCAAUCUGUACACUGGUGAAACCACGCUGGAUGUACAACCUUACGAUCCAAGUGACCACUUUGCUAUUUUUUGUGCUGCCCAUGCUCACCAUCAGCGCUCUCUAUUUGCUCAUCGGUCUGCAGUUAAAACGUGAGAAGAUGCAUCAGGCACUGGAGACGAAGUCAGGCUUUGGAAAGAACAGCUUCUGUAACGUCCGAACACAACAGCAGAAGGCACGUCGCCGGCAAGUCACUAAAAUGUUGUUUGUUCUGGUGGUGGUUUUCGCAAUAUGCUGGGCCCCAUUUCAUACUGACCGCCUCAUGUGGAGUUUCAUCAAUGACUGGACCGACAACCACCAGGAAAUCUUCCAGUAUGUGCACAUCAUAUCCGGAGUGUUUCUCUACCUCAGCUCAGCAGUCAACCCAAUCCUGUACAACCUCAUGUCAACACGCUUCAGAGAAAUGUUCAAAGAGGUCAUGUGCCAUCGACCACAUCACACUGCUCCCAGAAAGCAUUCGCUCAGUGUCACCCGGGUGACACUUCGCAGCACCUUAAGUGAUGCGCCACUCAGCAAUGGAACUGCUGUUGUUGAAGCCGAGGCAGAAGAUGGAGAAAUGAGGAUGAAAGAUGAAACCAGUUUUAUGUGUUAAAAAAAAAAAAAACUUGAAAGGUAUGUUAAAGGAUACAUAAUGGUGAGAUAGCAUGGUGUUUAGGAAGACUGUCCUGUUCUGAGCCACUACAUCUAUUAUUAUAAUUGUCAUCAACAACCAUUUUCAACACCCACUGCAAAAAGAAGGCACACUGUUCUAGUGAAAAACUGCAGUCUGAGUGUUAUUAUGCUGUUUUUGAAAACUUUAUCAGUGCUUAGUAAAUCACAAACUGAGCUCCAAACGUCUUCACCACCAGGGGCCAGAUGUAUAAAUGGUGUGCAUGCACAAAAAACAUGGAUAUGCCUUAUCCCACACAUAAACUGGCAUUUAUAAAAGAAGAAUGUGUGGUCACACACAUUCAGAGUGUACACAUGGCUUUCAAGAGAUGCAACACCAGUGGUCAUUUGCCAAGGACCACUGAAUUCUGUAAAAUGUUGCACAGAGGCACAUUUAUAAACUUAGUUUCAAAUUAUUCCUGAGAUGAAUUUUAUCAUUCUUUAUUUACAUUGCACCACUUACUUGUAAAUGAUCCCAUCAUCCGGCCCCAAAUCGCAAAGCACAAACUCUGUUUCAUUGUGAGCUGAACUCUGUAAAUAAAUUAUUGAUCAUCUUUCUGACAUUUAAUGUUGAUGAUUGAGAUAUCACUGCAAUGACAGUUUACAGGUAAAUGUGAUGAAUGUGGCAUGGGCUCUAUUAAUAGCCACAAUAGCACAUAAGGCAGCUGCUGUUAAUGAACCUGAUAAAUGUAAUUGGAGAAAUUGCUCUUUUUCUUCAGUGCUAUUCGUCUCAUUGAUAGGUUUAAUGAGUCCUGGAGCAGGCACAUGUUUCUAUAUGUUAAAGGGAGUUUCUACUUUAAAGUCUGUGUAAAGGCA